CGAGAAAGGGGCAAAACGCUGUCACAAAAGUCAUGGGAUUGUUUGUGAACUUGUGAGAUGUUUGACCGUAGCAAAGUAAACCCAAAGCAUCAGAAAUGGCUGUGGCAAGAGGUAUAAUUAAGAGGAUGAGUAUUAGGGUUGGUGCUGUUCUGAUACGUCCUCCAACAACACCAUCUCAUUCACACUUCUUCCACUGUUGUAACGAUUCUCUCCCUCCAUUCAAAUCCCACCUUUCUUCCUUCUCCUCUACUUUCCUUAGAUCCUUCUCUCACCAUUUUCCAGAAGAGACAAGUGAUGAAGGUGCUACCACUGACGGAUGGGAAGAGGAAGAUGAGACUGAACCUAAGAUUGGUGAUGGAGGUGAUGGUGGUGGAGUUGCCUUGCAAAAUGUCCCUUGGGGCCAGCGAACUCUCUCUAUCGCUGAGGAGGUGCUUAUGCAGUUCAGUGAGGACAUCAAACUUUUUGCUUUCAAAACAACUCCUCGUGGAUAUGUUUAUGUGAGAUUGGACAAAUUAACUGAUGAAUAUGGGUGUCCAAGCAUGGAAGAGCUUGAAUGCUACAAUAAAAAAUACAAAGAAAGAUUAGAUGAAGUUGGAGCACUUGGAGAGAUACCCGAUGAUUUGGCUUUAGAGGUUUCAUCCCCAGGUGCUGAGAGGCUACUGAAAGUGCCAGAUGAUAUUGGUAGAUUCAAAGACAUGCCUAUGAGAGUCUGUUACACUGAAAAUCUAGAGUCCAAUUGCCCAGAAAGGGAGGGGAUUUUCUUGUUAGAUUUUAUAGAAAAAGACUCAGAGAUGUGUGUGUGGAAGUUGGCAGACGUUAAAGAGAAUAGAGACCCCCUUAGAAAAGGCAGAACUUUAAAUCGUAAACAGAAGGAUUGGAGAUUGAAACUUCCAUUCAACUUGCAUAGAAUGUCUGGGACUGGGAUCACGUGUAGUCUAAAACAACAGUGCAUCCUUUUUCGCGCCCGCAACAACUUAUAUGAGUUAGGACUAUCAGUUGGGUCAGUUAUGAUACUUAGCAGAAGGGGUUAGCUGGGACAUGAUAGUUAGUUGAAUUGUGUUAAGUAUACUGGCUUAGAAGAGCUCUCACUCACCCCUUCUACCAAACAUUAUAACCGUCUCAACUAAUUGCCUUCACUCCCAACAUUAUGGGCAGGAGACAUUCCAUGAGAAGAAACAAAAAUUCUGCUUGAUACUAACUUGUAUUAUUCUUAAUGCAUUCUAUGAUUACUCGCAACUUUUCAUUUUCUUGUCUUUCGUUACCAUUUUAUGGCUAUCUCUGUCGUCACUUAAAAAAAUAAGUUAGUGAAUUACGUCUUGAUCAU